GAGUAGGGAGAGUGUCUACCCUACUCGUCGUGAAUACGGUGACAAUUGUAUGCCCUUCUUCACGCAUCGUAAGGAGUCUGGUUAUGUAUUCAGAUGCAGUUAUACGUGUUUGGCGGCAGCUGGCACCUGUUUUGUGGUCAAGUAUGGGUGUCUUGGUAAACAGAGCUAACGCAGUUGGUUGGGCUUUUCGGAUUUUAUACCACUAAAAGCUGGAAGUCUACCUAGCUAACGUUAGAUCUGGCUACUUCCAAUGGAUGCAAUUCGAAGAAUCAGAGUUCAGGCGAAAGGAAACUUUUCCUUCGACAGAUUUGACGUUUUUAAACGGCAGGGGUUAAACAUUUGGUUCGUCGUUCCUGUAGUCUACUACGUAUGAGGUGGCUGUUCAGGGCUGACUUGUGAAAGCGUCAGGAGAGAGCGUGAUGGAGGACGCAGCCUGUCAGCUUGAGAGAGACCAUGUGCACAAUGUUUAUGAGAAGAUUGCGCCUUUCUUCAAUGACAGCCGUUACAAAGCAUGGCCUAAAGUGCGCAAGUUUCUUCUGGAGCAGGAGCCGGGUAGCAUUGUGGCCGAUGUGGGGUGUGGUAAUGGCAAGUAUCUCCACAUCAAUGAAAAUGUCUUCAAGUUGGGGUGUGACAUAUGCCGCCCACUUGUGGAAUCUGCCUGGAACCAAGGACAUGAGGUCCAGCUCUGCGACAGCUUGCGCCUUCCUUACCGUGAUGGCUGUUUUGAUGCCAUUCUCUCCAUAGCAGUCAUACAUCACUUUUCCACCAAAGAGCGGCGAAUUCGAGCAAUAAAGGAGAUGGCUCGUACACUACGGAUGGGAGGGCGCAUGAUGAUCUACGUGUGGGCCAUGGAGCAGAAGACACGGAAGUUUGAGAAGCAGGACAUCUUUGUCCCCUGGAACCCCAACCUGCCCUGCUGUCCAAAUUGUGACCAAACCCUCAGCAGGUACAGAGCUCAGGGAGAGGGCUUGCAAGGUGAUGGCACUGACAAGCACAGGAAAGUGAAGAGCACAUCCUCCAUGUUGGAGUCUCCCGAUUCCACCCAACCUCGGACACAGAGACUAUGGUUUUUCUCCAGGUCUUUAGACUCAGUAUUGGACUUCGGAAGCCCUACCGUUUCUCGGUCCAGUUCACGAGAGCUCCAUGCAGAGUGUCCCCCAGCUGAGGAGAAGGAUGGCAGUGGGGCCAGGUCGGUCUCAUGGGGCAGAGGAGGAAACUUCAUACAGCAGGUCUCUAGUCUCUUCUCCUCAAGGAGCAGCCUAGAGGAAGACAUCUUCGGUUCUGUCACAGAUCUCUGUGCAGGUCAAAGGCCAAAAGAAAAGAGUAAUGGUGGUUCUGCUAUGACACAAUCAGUCUCUUUAGUCCAAGAGUGUUCAUCCAUGCCACUGCCUGAUCUAGUGUCUUACCAAAAGGAUAUGCAGUUAGAGGAACGAGAAAGAGCUGGCAACCAAUGUCAAGAGAGCAGACAUCCCCUGCAGAAACUGGAGGACGGUACAAGGUGUGUGGAGACAUGUUGUGAGUCAGAGGGAAGCGAGAAGUUUAUGCGUUACUACCACGUCUUCAGACAUGGGGAACUGACUGAGCUGAUUGAAAAUAAUAUAGAGGAGCUUCAUGUUAUGCAGACCUGCUUGGACCACGCAAACUGGUGUGUGGUUGCAGAGAAGGUGAAAGCUUGCAAAAAUAAACCAUUUUAAAAUGUUUUAUUGAUGAGAGUUCCAGCUCUGGAUUUUGUAGUGUUUUCAGUCUUGCCACUCUCAGAUCAGCCUCAAGUGGCAAUGGAAUUGGAAUGAUGAAAAUGAACUGUUUUAAGACUUUUUAAUGCUGCUAAAAGAUGGAAGUCCUUAUACACAGAAGUCUUGCCUAAUAAAUUAAACUGAGUUUGAAACAGUUCAAUGUGAUUCUAUUGAUCUUUCCAGCUUGUUAUUGUGUAGUUGACACUGUCCUUUGCUCUGCCUGCCUGCUGACAACUGAAAUAGCACAUAUUAAUUGUUCAGCACAAACAUCAGAUAUUUUAGUGUUGAUUGUGAUCUGUCCUUCAUAAUAUCAGGAAUAUUAUCUGUAAUGUGUAUCGUGACAACGUGUGUGAGAUCAUCAAAAUGUUUACAUGUAUCAAAAGAUGAUGACAUCCAAACAAAUGUGAAAAGUGUAAUUUCUCUGGAUGUCACUGCUUCUUGGAUCUGUAGUUUCCAUUAAUACCUCACAUGCUGAGAAAAUAACAUGAUCUCAGUCUGUACAUUUGCAUAGUCUUGAUGUAAAUUUUUCAAGGUCAUGGAUCAACAAGAUUUAUAUUUUAUAUUGAUUCCAAGUGAAAUAAAUGUCCAGUAUUUCAUUCAUUAAA